AUGUUGUCUCUUUCGCUUGCUUUGCUUGGCAUAUCAUCUGUGCUUGCAGCGGACAGCGCUCCGUCAUGGAAGUUUGACUUGAAGAACGCGACCUCGGGUAUCGUUGCUCUCGAGUCUAUCGUCGUCUCGCCUAACCUCGUCUUAUUCUUCGACAGGGCGAGCGACGACCCUCUUCAGAUCAAUGGUCACUCAGCCUGGGGCGCUCUCUGGGAUCUUGAGACUAGUACCGUUCGCGCUCUUGAUGUCCUAUCGAACUCCUUCUGCGCUUCGGGCGCGUUGAUCAGCAAUGGCUCAAUGGUCAGCGUGGGCGGUGACAUGCCUGGUAUUCAACCUGCUGCAAUGACCGGCAACGACGCGAUCCGUAUCUUCGAACCUUGUGCCGACAAAACUGGUGCCAACUGCACUCUCUUCGAAGACCCUACAGAUCCGAACUUCACGCUUGCCAUGCCCCGCUGGUAUCCGUCGUCAGUUCGUAUCUUUGACGGCAGUCUGAUGAUCAUUGGCGGUACCCAUGUUGCGGCUCAGUUCUAUAACAUCGAUCCCGAGAACAGCUUCGAGUUCUUCCCGAAGAAGGACGGCGGCAAAACCCGGCCUUCUGCGUUCCUCGAGAGGAGUCUCCCUGCCAACUUGUUCCCUCGCGGCUUUGCCCUUCCCGAUGGGCGUGUUUUCAUAGUCGCCAACAACCAAUCCAUCAUCUACGACAUCGAGCAAAACACAGAGACCAUCCUUCCCGACAUCCCGAACGGUGUUCGCGUUACCAACCCCAUCGACGGCUCUGCCAUCUUGCUCCCACUGUCUCCGCCUGACUACGUACCCGAGGUUCUUGUCUGUGGCGGUGCGGCGGUCGACGACACGAUUCAAGUUGGCAACCUCAGCAGCCAGUUCCCGGCCACGGACCAAUGCAGCCGUAUUACGCUCACUGAACAAGGUAUCAAGCAAGGCUGGGUCGUGGAGAGGAUGCUCGGCGGUCGUAUCAUGCCCGAGUUGGUCCACAUUCCCAAUGGCCAGGUACUUAUCACGAACGGCGGUCGUUCAGGUUUUGCGGCGCUCAGCGGUGUGAAGGACGCCAUUGGCAACAGUAACGCAGACCACCCAGUGUUUACUCCGGAGCUCUACACCCCCGACGCUCGCCUCGGUCAGCGAUUCAGCCAAGAGGGCAUGCCCACCAGCAACGUGGCGCGCAUGUACCACUCAAGCGUGACUCUCACUCCUCAAGGCAACUUCCUUAUCGCCGGCUCAAACCCGAAUAACCAUACUGUCGAAGGACCCAAUGUCAAGUUCCCGAGCGAGUUCCGUGUUGAGACGCUCGACCCUCCGUUCAUGUUCCGCUCUCGCCCUACUCUCUCGGGAGUACCCGAGAAGCUUGCCUUCGGAAAGACCUUCACCGCUGACGUGACCAUUCCGGGCGACCUUGACACCAGCAAACUCCAGGUUGCGCUUAUGGACCUCGGUUUCUCCUCGCACGCAUUCCACUCGAGCGCACGCCUCGUCUUCCUUGACGCGAAGCUUUCGCGCGACAAGAAGACGCUCACGUUCACCACUCCCCCGAACGGCCGCGUGUACCCGCCAGGACCCGCAACACUCUUCCUUACGGUUGACGAUGUCACGAGCCCUGGCAUCAUGCUCAUGGCAGGCAGUGGAAAUAGCCCUCCGACGUUGGAGUGA